AUGUCUUUUCAACCUCCAGGUUCUGCAAAAUACUGAGGAAAAGUCCAGGGGCUAACGGCGGGCGCUGUCGAGCACGGGGAGGUGCUGAAAUAGUCCUGGCGUGCUGAUCCAAGCUUUGAUUGGCAGAGCCAGCCAGUGACUGACAGGGGGUCUCCAUGGCGCCCACGCCGCCAAUCCGCCCACCCCAAUAGCGGAGCCAGCUCGCCUGCCUGCUUGCGUGAGCCGAGCCGAGCCCGAACUCCAAGCCGCGGAGCCAGCACCUCCUCCAGUCGGGGUCGCCCGCUCCCGGCCGUUGCGCCACCGCCGCCACCCGGUAGUGUGUCCCCGCUGCUCCAAUUCGCCUCAUCAACAAGAGCCUGGCACACUCAGCCAGGCCCGCGGGCAUCUGCUGCGUGUCCCGCUCCGGGCUCAGUGCCCUCGCCGCCGCCGGCCCUGCCUCGAUGUUCCAGCUGCCCAUCUUGAAUUUCAGCCCCCAGCAAGUGGCCGGGGUAUGCGAGACCCUGGAAGAGAGCGGCGAUGUGGAGCGCCUGGGUCGCUUCCUCUGGUCGCUGCCCGUGGCCCCUGCGGCUUGCGAGGCCCUCAACAAGAAUGAGUCGGUGCUGCGCGCACGAGCCAUCGUGGCCUUUCACGGUGGCAACUACCGCGAGCUCUAUCAUAUCCUGGAAAACCACAAGUUCACCAAGGAGUCGCACGCCAAGCUGCAGGCGCUGUGGCUUGAAGCACACUACCAGGAGGCUGAGAAGCUGCGUGGAAGGCCCCUGGGACCGGUGGACAAGUACCGAGUAAGGAAGAAGUUCCCGCUGCCGCGCACCAUUUGGGACGGCGAACAGAAGACACACUGCUUCAAGGAGCGCACGCGACACCUGCUACGCGAGUGGUACCUGCAGGAUCCAUACCCUAACCCCAGCAAAAAGCGUGAGCUCGCCCAGGCAACCGGACUGACCCCUACGCAGGUGGGCAACUGGUUCAAAAACCGCCGACAAAGGGACCGAGCGGCUGCAGCCAAGAACAGACUCCAGCAGCAGGUCCUGUCACAGGGCUCCGGGCGGGCACUACGGGCGGAGGGCGACGGCACGCCAGAGGUGCUGGGCGUCGCCGCCAGCCCGGCCGCCAGUCUAUCCAGCAAGGCGGCCACUUCAGCCAUCUCCAUCACAUCCAGCGACAGCGAGUGCGACAUCUGAGUUGCCCAUCCAGGAUGCUCAGAAGCAGAUUCCAGUGUAAAAACGAGAAAAACAAAAUGAAAGAGGGAAAGAAGAUGAGAGACCUGCAAAUCCGGCGCCAGAAAAGCCAGGUGACCAGGGACCCGCGGGCUCGGGUUGCCGUUUCCCGCCCCACCCCGUGGCCGGCCUGGCUCCAUUGGCGCCCUUUGGCCGCGACCACGGGAACCCGCGGUGAGGCCUGACCCAGCACCACGUUCUUCUUGCUUUGCUUUUUCCUAAGGAUUUUGCUGCAAAGUCGCCUUCGGAACCCGAACUGCAAGCUGAGCGCCUGCCCAGAUUCUCCCAUGGGUAUUUCACGUCGAAAGGACGCUGUUACAUAUGUAUAACUUUUGCUUUAAAGUUUUUUUUUUAACAAAACAUAUAUAUGCUGUUUAUUUACUUAUUUAAGAGACCGCCAUGGUAGGUUUCUCUGUAGCUUGGGGAACUUGCUGUUUCUAAACAUGCAGGCUGGUGGUGAUGGGUUCUGUGUGAAGAAGCCAAACAAUAAAACGACCUAGUGGGCAACCUUCUUAAUUAAGGGAGCUGCUCUCAAAUUCCUUUUCUUCUUAUUAUUAUUAAGAUCAUUCCCUUCACCAGGCAUGCAGGGACCCUUGAGCAAAUGGUCUCCGGAAGGUCUUAUCUAUACGUCUUUUGCCUUCUUUGGUACUUCCUGGUAUAUGUUUUAAACAACCUACGGUAGGUCUAUAACCACCUCCCACGUCAAAUUACAUGUAUGUGCAUAUAUAUAUGUACCUAUACAAACAUAUGUAUGUAUGCAUACACGUGAUAUAUUUAAGGCUAGAAAUUGGCAACAUGUGAGCGUCCUCUCUAAGGCAAGUCCCCGUAUCCCCAGCACAGGUAAUUAUGGCUUGUCCACUUGACACUCGUUUACAUGAAGUGUCAACAGCUUUCAGGAGCAAUUUAGGAAGCCAAACUCUGGGACUCAAUAAGUGAGUCCUAUUUUCUAAAAAUGCAAAACUAUCCUGACUCAGGCUCUGCAGCAAGAAAGGCUUUCUAUCUCCUUCGAGGACCCCUCCAAUACAAAAGCAGCAGGCACCCAUGAUCAUGCUAGAGUGAGCAUAUACUGCAUUUAGGAUUGAGCUAUUAUUAAAAUAAGACAAAAGAUGAUAGAAGAGGUUGUAAAUAAUUAGACUAACAUCUUCUUACUGCAGAAUUGGGUUUUAAUCAAAUGAAUGGUUUUUAACAAGAGGGAUACUGAGAUGGGGAAAGGAUGUAAUCAUGUCACAUACUGAGGGUAAAACAAGGCUGUAGAAAUAAGUGGCAUUUUAAAAACCUAAUCUCCGAAUUAAGCAUAGAACAAGUCAUCAAGGGCCUCAUUGUCCUGGUAAUGGCCUCGAUUAAAAUAUAAAAUAUUUUUAGCAUUUAAUUUUUCCUCGUGCACAUGCAUGUGUGCACCUACACAUGAACAAAUGCAUGCAUAUACAACGCAAAAACAUCUACCAUCUUUGCACUAAGAAAAUAAAUGCUAGCCAGAGUCUCUAAUUUUGUUCCUAGUGAAACAGAUUGCAUAUUAUAAAAUUUGACAUUGAUCUUUAAAUCACUUGAGCUGACUUCCCUCUUUACUGUCCCCAUCCCCCAAUUACAGCCUUUUCCAUUUGCCUUCCUGUCCUUAGAAGAUGUUCUUUGGAUCAGAAGCCUGCUAACUUCUUUAGGCAGAAGUGCCAAAGCGCAAACCAAACAAAAAUAAGUGAAGUCAUGGAAGACAAAAAGCAGCCAAACGGCAAGAUAGACAAUGGAAGCCCAGGACAGAGUAAGGGCUGAUUUUUGGUUUCUAAAUCGCUUGAAUAGAUUUGGCUCAUUUGGGCUUUAUAAAUGUUGUCCUUGUGUAUGGUGGCCCUUAUCCAGAGAAUUCUUGAAAAUCAAAACUCUCUUGUACAAGAGCUUUACAUGGAAGGAGUGGGUAAGUUUUCGUGAUAAAACUGGUGUUCCUUCCAAAAGCAAGCAAAAGACCUCCUGUGGGUCCUGAAAGGCUCCCAUGGUAGAGCUUCCUCAAUACUUAAUUUUGUUUCCUAGAGCCCCAGGUAGUUCCUAGAAUGCCAACAAGGGGCUGGCGAGGACUAGAGUGAGGCCAGGAGGGGACUCACUGUCAAGGUUAUGCAAGUGCAGCAAGUGCAAGGCACCUGAGAUUCAGUGCCUCCUUAAAUUUUGCACUCUUUAAGUGCCUCCCUUGCCUCAUCCUAGUCCUUAAUCUGCCAAGGAGUAGCCACGGAUAUCCACUCUUGUUCCCCAGCCCCACGCCACCCUAGCUAUGGGGCUGUCCAGAACCAGUGUUUGGAGAAGUUUGUUGGCAAAUUUUCUCUUAAGUUUAUGCUCCAGGUCCGAGAGGGAUGGGAAAUAACUAAUUAGUGGAAUAAUGUAAAAGAAUUUGAGAUUCUAAAAAUCCCACUCCACCCACCCCUUCAAAUGAUACCUAAAAGCAGAAGAAAAUGUCCAUUCCGCAGUGUCAAGAAAAUAGGGUAACUAAGAAACUAAGCUUUCUCUUUACAAAAUAAUUUUUAAGUGACAGUUUAUUGCUUGGACAAAAAGAGAAGACCAAACAGUGAUGGGGCAUUUUUAAUUCCUGCUUUGACAAAAGCCUUUAAACUACAGCUACCAUUUACUUAAAUUAACAAGCUGCCUACAUUUUAAAGCAGCUAUUCUGUUUCAACAACCUGGAGAUUUAUUUAUCUAAUUUCACUUUAGAAUCUUAAAGGGGUGACACAUUGCUUGUAAGUUUUUUUAAAUGUUUGUCUGAAAUGUGAUGGCACCUGUGAAUAACCAAUUCUUUGGUGACCACAUGUUGGAAAUUAGUCCAGAUCUUCACAGAGAUUUAUUUUAUUUUAAUCUUUCCAAUCUUCCCAAGGACAUUUAAAGGGUUUCUUUUUAAGACUUUUUCCAUAUCAGCUUCAUUCUGGUCUUCAGGGUUUUGGGGGAAAAAAAAAAAUCCAGGUAGCGGCAAGGCUGAAGGUUUCUGAAUUUGGCAAAAUCUCUAUAUAAUGGGUUUCCUUCCUUUCUUUUCCUGCAAUUAUUCUGUCACAAUUGCCCAAAAAGCAGCUACUCCAGCAGAGUGGAAAGAGCAUUUUUAUAUUAAAUAUUUCAACGGACCUGACCAAUGUGAAGAUUUUACCUCAAGCCCCAGGUCAGGCUCUUUUCCGGCUUAUAAACAUUUCAACCACACUCCAGUUUUACCAAAAAAAAGGACAGCCCCUGCUCCCCAAAUGCCGCAGUUCCUCUCGCCUCCACUUUAAUGACCCACUCCGCUUCCACCCGUCACUCCCC